CAUUCCUCCGCGCUUCCCCGCCUUGCCUUUCUCGUUUGCGAAGGCGGCGAGGAUGGAAAAUUAGAUGCUUCGGUUUUUAUCACAGCCACGGAAACCUCUUUCCUUUCCCCACCUUCCUCCUCUCUCUCUCUCGUCCAUGGCGGAUUCCUCCUCUGCGCUUUGCUUCUCCUCCUCCUUCCGCGCCGUGCUCUCCCCUUCCCGUCCUACCAGUCCGCCGAGACGACUCGCAUUCCCCUCCUCUUAUUCCUCCCCGUCUUCCUCCCUCGCCUCUCCUCCGCCCAGGCGCUUGUGUCUUCUCGGUCGCCGAUCGGUCCGCCCACGCGCCAAGGAGUCCGAUGACGAGGCCGGAUGCUUCGGGGACGAUCCCUAUGGUCCUUACCCCUGGGAAUCCUCCGCCUUCUCCGAGGGGCCGAUUAUUCAAUGGGUUCCACAAGAUAGAAUCACUCUUUUUACUUCCGAGGGGCUCAUUCAGAUAGGAGGAUCCUUGGUUCCUCAUAGAUUUUCUCCUAUUAAGAAGAGGGAAGGGAAAUCACAGCUAUCACAAAAAGUUCAGCGCUUUCAGGAGAGUGAUUACAUGGAUCCCGAUCAAGGAUUAUGCCUUGGUGCACUCUUUAAUAUUGCAGCGACAAAUGGACUUGAUAGGAGGCGAAGGAUGUGUUUCUUUGGCUUUUGCCGUUCCAUUGAAAUGUUGAGUGAUGUUGUUGAAGAUACAGUUGUAGAGCAUGGUGGUGAGGUUGUGACUGCAGAAAAAGUUAGCAGUGAAGGAUUGCAAGAGAAGCUGGCAAUGACAGUAGUGGUGCCGCUGCUUUGGGGUGUUCCUCCUGCAUCCGACACUCUUCGCGUUGCAGUUCGCAGCGGCGGAGGUAUCCUGGAGAAGGUAUAUUGGCAGUGGAUCUUUUUUUAAGGAUCCUCACUAAUCUCAGUUCUGUAUAUAGUGUCUGUGUGAUUUCUAACUGUUAUGUCCGCAAUUCUUCUUUGAUCAUGUUCUUUUCUGUAUCUUGAACAAGAAAUGAUUGUUGUAACACUGGAAAUAGAAAGAAAAGAAGAAUAGAAAAGAUAGUCUCAUCAAA